GUGGAUGAUAUGGAGUCAAGCUAGCAGAAACGAGUAAACGAAGGAGGGGGGGGAGCCGUCAAUUUGUGUGGUGUGGUGUGUGGUUACAAAAGGCUAUGUGUAAUGGAUAGACCAACACGAUGAUUUCUUCCGGAACCUCAAAAAGAGUGUGAGUGAGGAACGAUGCAAGAGAUGUUGAAAAAAAAAAAAAAAUACAGACAAAGAGAUGAGCCCCUUCAACCAAGGAGGAGCGGUGUAGGUGGGCAGAGAAGGGGAGGGAGGGGGAGGGAGAGGCAGAUACGGGGAAGGAAAGGCUAUAAUGCAAAAGUGCGGUAGAGAGAAAGAACCACAAAAUGGAAUGAGAGAAAAGGAAGGAUUGAAGGAAGGGCCAAAAGAUACAAGGACAGAAGAAGGGUGAAAGCAGUAGGGUUAUGAAAAACAAACGCGAGAUCUGUUGACCAAAAUACUGUGCCCGUACUCGAGUACUGUACAGUACAGUACCAGUAUGCAGCGAGCGAGGCCAACGAGUGAUGCUAGCAGACCAGGUAAGAAAGAAGUGAGAGAGACCCCGAGAGGGCCAGUUAGUCAAACAAGAGAGACUGACGCUAGUCUACCGGUAAGCAGGCCAAAAUCAUUGUCAAGGUUUCACUCUUCAAUACCAGUAUUGCCCUUGCGCAGCCAGGACACGCCCCGAGAAGCCAAGUCUCUCUCUCCCUUCCAACCUUCCCCUCUCCCCAAAGGGAAAAAAAAAAGAAUGAAGCGAGAAGCCUGACCAUAACCUAUGUUGACCCCACAAUUAGAUUUUUGCACUAAAACUCAACUUCCCACCCCCGUCCAGUUUAGACUCGUCCCCCCCCCUGUUCAAUCAGAAUAUCUGCGGGCUCAAGGGAAGGGACAACCCUUCGGUUGGCUGCCGUUGACGGGGAUGAGGCUUGGUUCUCACUGUGGGGGUCCGACACUACGAGCACUCGUACACGAUUUGCAUGGGUCUCAGGAUGGGGGUCUCUCCAUAUGAUCUACCGGCACUCGAGCUACGCGUGUCCUACCUGUCGAGAGGAGGGAAAGAGCAUGCUUUUGAAAACAACCAGAGAAAAUGGAAUAAAAAAGGUGUGGUCAACAGUGGAGCCAAGCUGGUUCGGGGAUCACACCUCUAAGAGUACUAUAUACAGUAUGAGCACUCGAGUGCAGGAGAAACAUGGGAAAGAUGUGGGGAGGGCCCAGAACUUGUUUUAGGGGGUGAGUCUCUUGUGUCAGUUGUCUCGCCCCAGAAAAACUUUCUGCCGGCAAUUUCACUCCAAGCCUCCCUCAGGGCUAGAGCGAUGGAGGGAAACACUCUCAGAAUCCCAGUUGCAAACACUCAGCCCGUCUGAUUGCACACAUUUUCAAGAUGUUCCCUACCCUUGCCACGGAUCUCAUGAUAUUGGACUGCGGUACGGUAUUCGGGUAACUUUUGACCACUGCAUCCGAGGUGUGCUAGUCCGGGGCAUGGUGGACAAUGGUAUGGUACGGGUACAGUACUCGCACAACACUCGAGUACAAGUACUAGCACCCGAACACAGUACUCUACGAGUACUUG